UGUAAGCGCGCCUCCAGAGGAGGGGCUCGGGGAGCUGGGAGUGGCGGCGGCGGAGGAAGGUGAGCCUAGGAAGGUGGCCCGGUGCCCCUUCUGCCCGGGCCCCUCCCAGUGCUCCCUUGGGGGUGUCAGCUUCGGCUCCGCUUGCCCCCACUCCACCCUCCUUUCGAAGGGAUUGCCUUUUUUUUUUUUCUCCUCUGCGGCGGCGGAAAUGACAGUGUGGUGCUGCGGUGGUGUCAUGGUGCUGCCUCUGGACUGAGAGGCGAAAACUCUCAAGUUUCGCCCGGGAGACCCAGACGCGGGAACGUCGCGGUCUCCGUGCUGUCCCCCGUGGGGCGCGCGGGCUGGCGGAUCCCGGCUGUUGCGCGGCGGUGGCGGCGGCGGCCGCGGCGGCGAAGGCAGGCGGCGGCCUAGAGUGGUGGUGGCGGCGGCGGCAGCGACAGCGGCCCGGGAGCUCGCACGGGAGCCCAAGCCAGCUUGCUGCGGAGGCCGGCGAGCAGCCGACGCUCCCAGGCGCGUGUAGGACAUGGCUGGCACCCGGGAACAAUAUGGGUGAAAGCCCAGCCUCUGCGGUUCUUAAUGCCUCAGCAGGAUUAUUUUCACUAAAGAUGGAAACACUGGAGUCUGAAUUGACCUGUCCAAUCUGCCUCGAGUUGUUUGAAGACCCCCUUCUGCUCCCUUGUGCUCAUAGCCUGUGUUUCAGCUGUGCCCAUCGCAUCUUGGUCUCGAGCUGCAGCUCCGGUGAAUCCAUUGAACCCAUUACUGCUUUUCAGUGUCCUACAUGCAGGUAUGUUAUCUCGCUGAAUCACCGGGGCCUGGAUGGCCUCAAGAGGAAUGUGACCCUGCAGAACAUUAUUGAUCGCUUCCAGAAGGCUUCAGUCAGUGGGUCCAAUUCUCCAAGUGAGAGCCGUCGGGAGAGGACUUACAGGCCAAGCUCCGCCAUGUCUAGUGAGCGAAUUGCUUGCCAAUUCUGUGAGCAGGACCCUCCAAGAGAUGCUGUGAAGACGUGUAUCACCUGUGAGGUCUCCUACUGUGACCGUUGCCUUCGGGCCACACACCCCAACAAGAAACCUUUCACCAGCCAUCGCCUGGUGGAACCAGUUUCGGAUAUGAAUCUUCGAGGGAUUACCUGCCUGGACCAUGAGAAUGAGAAAGUGAACAUGUACUGUGUAUCUGAUGACCAAUUGAUCUGUGCCUUAUGCAAACUGGUGGGUCGUCACCGAGACCAUCAGGUCGCUUCCCUGAAUGAUCGAUUUGAGAAGCUAAAGAAAACUCUGGAGAUGAACCUCACCAACCUGGUUAAACGCAACAGCGAACUAGAAAAUCAAAUGGCCAAACUAAUACAGAUCUGCCAGCAAGUUGAGGUGAAUACUGCUAUGCAUGAGGCAAAACUUAUGGAAGAAUGUGAUGAGCUGGUAGAGAUCAUUCAACAGAGGAAGCAAAUGAUUGCUGUCAAAAUCAAAGAGACAAAGGUUAUGAAACUGAGAAAAUUGGCACAGCAGGUUGCUAAUUGCCGCCAGUGUCUUGAACGGUCAACAGUCCUCAUCAACCAAGCUGAGAAUAUCCUGAAAGAAAAUGACCAAGCACGGUUUCUUCAAUCGGCAAGAAAUAUCGCUGAGAGGGUCGCUAUGGCAACUGCAUCUUCUCAAGUUCUGAUUCCAGACAUCAAUUUUAAUGAUGCCUUUGAAAAUUUUGCUUUAGAUUUUUCUAAAGAAAAGAAACUAUUGGAGGGGCUAGACUAUUUAACAGCCCCCAAUCCACCAUCUAUCCGAGAAGAACUCUGUACUGCCUCCGAUGACACCAUUACAGUGCACUGGAUCUCAGACGAUGAGUUCAGCAUCAGCUCCUAUGAGCUUCAGUACACCAUAUUCACUGGCCAGGCUAACUUCAUCAGCCUGUACAACUCAGUGGAUAGCUGGAUGAUUGUGCCCAACAUUAAACAGAACCAUUACACAGUUCACGGACUCCAGAGUGGCACACGCUACAUCUUUAUUGUGAAAGCCAUAAAUCAAGCUGGCAGCCGGAGCAGCGAACCCACCAGACUAAAAACAAACAGCCAACCCUUUAAACUAGAUCCCAAAAUGACUCACAAGAAGUUGAAGAUCUCCAAUGAUGGGUUGCAGAUGGAGAAGGAUGAAAGCUCUUUGAAGAAAAGCCAUACCCCAGAGAGAUUUAGUGGAACUGGGUGUUAUGGGGCAGCAGGAAAUAUAUUCAUUGACAGUGGCUGCCACUACUGGGAGGUGGUCAUGGGUUCUUCAACAUGGUACGCAAUUGGUAUUGCCUACAAAUCAGCUCCAAAGAAUGAGUGGAUUGGCAAGAAUGCCUCUUCCUGGGUCUUCUCUCGAUGCAAUAGUAACUUCGUGGUGAGACAUAACAACAAGGAAAUGCUGGUGGAUGUGCCCCCACAGCUGAAGCGUCUAGGUGUCCUCUUGGAUUAUGACAACAACAUGCUAUCUUUCUAUGACCCAGUUAACUCUCUCCAUCUCCAUACUUUUGAUGUGACUUUCAUUCUUCCAGUUUGUCCAACAUUCACAAUCUGGAACAAAUCCCUAAUGAUCAUGUCUGGCUUGCCUGCCCCAGAUUUUAUUGAUUACCCUGAGCAGCAGGAAUGCAACUGCAGGCCUAAAGAAUCCCCCUAUGUGUCUGGGAUGAAAGCUUGCCAUUAAGUGUCAAGAGAGCACGCAAUUCACUGGCUCUCCACUUCAGCAUUUAUCCCUUCUUAAGCUUCCAUUAGUGUUCCGUAUGUGAGAUACAAAGUAAAGUUCAUUGGAAGCACCCUAUGUAACUAGAGAGCAUAGAUUUAAUUUUUAUGCAUUAAAGCCUCUAUUUGGAUUCAUGUAUUGAGUUACUCAGAACAAAUUAUCUGAAUAUUCUGGGUUCAUGCCAUUGGGGAAGAAUUUUAGAGAAUAUCACUGUCAUUGGAAAAUUAAAAAUUCCCAGUGGUUUGGGAGUAUAAAUGAAACUGGAAGGAAUUAGCCUUUCUAGCAGUGGCUAGUCUGACCAGAUAGAAUUUGCACAGUGUCAAAUUAUCAUAUAUGUCACUUUUUAGUGAACUAACAAUCAAGGUGUUAUGAGAGUAUCAUACAGGUGUAUAUAUAAUAUAUAAAAUGACUGAAUUCAUUUAUGAACAAAAUGGCAUAGAUCAUUUUAUCUAUUACAUAUAUACAAUGAACCUUAAUUUGUUCAUUUAAGUAAGAAAUAUAUUGAAAAGGAAAAUAAAUUAUACUGACCAUUCUUAUCCCCCUAGAUGAAACAUCAGAGUAGACUGGUGUUUUUCUCUUCCCUUUUAGCCUCCCCUCCUCCUGUCACACAUAAAAAACACAUGCAAUCAAGACACAGGGAAGUGAGAAGAACUCUUGGUUAGAUUAAGAGAGAUCUGCAGACAAGAUUGCAUAAGAGAUGCUACUGCUACAUUGAAAAUUGAUUCUGGUAGAAGUGUGCUGUGUAGCAUAAUUUCAUUGAUAUUAUCUAAUAGAGGAGAUUUAUUUGAAUUAUUAAAAAUUGUCAUAGAAUAUUUCAAAGAAAUAUAGUUUUGUUACUCUCAAAUACAUAAUUACUAGACUUAAGCUGAAAAACAGAGUUGCAUAAUGGAGUUUCCUCAGAAUUCGCCUUACUUGAUCAGUAAGAAUAGUGUUACAGGUUCAACAACGAUAUGAAUACAAAUGUACAUGUAUUUUCAGAUGAAGCACUCCUGAAAUGCUAUUUUCCUCAAUAGGAUCAAUACUCAUUCUCGUGUGAUUUUGUUUACAUUAUUCACCCACUUAGCAUCCCUUUCAUGACAACAUAAAUUCCAUCCUACUUUUCAUCACACUAGUUAAAGGAAAUUGAGCUUCAUGGUCUGUGAUUUCACCAAUUAUUUUGCAGAGAUUGAAAAUGCAGGACAAUUAGAGCCUUCUCCCAAGAGCAAAGUUCAUUCCUUGGUAGUUGUAAAAUGACGACUACUACUAUGUAAUUGUAAAGUGAUAAUAGUAGGCAUUACCUGGAUUGUAUGUAGCCUUGAUGCAGUGUCAAGCCUGUCCCCCUCUUUCUACCCGCAUGGUGGAUUCUUACUUAUUAAUUUGUUCAAUGAAUUAUUAGAUGCCACACCACUGCUUCAAGAGUGCACAUAUUACUAAAAUAUAGUCCUUGCCGACAAAUGACUCACUUUUAUUCUCAAGAGACAACAUAUCUCUAUAAAUCCCACAAAGUAACACUUAUCGAUUGUUUGCUUACCUACCACGAAAAGUGAGAUCAGUGCCGAGCAAAAGAAAGGCUCAGAUUUAAAUGUCAAGUGGCAACGUCAGUUUCUUUGGCUUUCAAUAUAUUCUGUACCUUGCAGCUCAUCAGGGAAUGAGCAACUCAGUAAAGCUCAGAAGUGCUGGUAACAAGCAUGUGGUAUUAGAAAAGCUCCUAGCCUGGAGAUUGAGAUAGUCCUAGCUUAUUUGCCAUUUACCUAGCAGUGUGACCUCAGGAAAGCACUCCUCCAAGCCUGCUUUCGCUUCUGUAAAAUGAUUUUUAUUUUAUAAGGCUGGAGCAAAGGUUUUUAAAUGUAGUGUCUAUCAGUUGCCUAGCACAGCACCUGGCAUUCACUCUAUGUGCCACCAGCAUUCAUUUCUUCUCCAACACUAUUCAUUUAUUUUUUUGUGCCCUUUGAAGUUUCAGUUCUAGGAGCAAAGCUUUAUUCCCCAUUCUGCUUUGGACUGCACCCUGGGACUACCUUUCCUUGUCCCUUCUCUCAGUUAACUAGUGACCUCUCAAACUGGCUUUUGUGGCACUCCUCCAGCACACUGAACAUCCCCUCUCAGCAAUAAUCACAUUGUAUGGUAAUACUUUGCAGAAUGUCAUUUUCAGAAUGCCAUCUUCAGAAGGCCCUUUUUAGAACCACCCUUAGUGAUUUAUUCCUUGAAGCUAUUGAUUCUUGGCCCGUAAUCCUGAUAGGCCACCUUAAUUAGGCUACCUGGGGACAUAAAGAAACUUACAUUUGUGACAAGCUUCUCAGGUGAUUCUGAUUCACACAAAAGUUUAAUGUAUAAUAAAUCUCUUCCUGACUAGCGUGGGAAUACCUUGAGGGUAAGGACUGUGGCUUUCGUUGUUGUAUGUUUAAUACCCAGCACGGUGUCUAGAACAAAGUAGUUGCUUGGCUAAUGUUUGUUGAAAGAAUGUAUGAAUGAACAAAUGAGUAAUGAAAAUUGCUUUGUUUGACUGUGGUGUCCAUUAGUGGUAUUUGUUAUUUUUGGGCAAGAUGGUUACUGAUUUAGUCUGUAUCAAUAUUAGUUUGUAAAUGUACCAGGGCUCAUACAUACAAAGGAACACGGUUCCAAAUUGGCAGUUAUCAUGGAGAAUUGUCUUUGGACAAUUGGUACCAUUCUCCCAAUAACCUUUCAUGUUUUCAUGAUCUUUGUUGUUCUUUGAAGUUAGAUUUAAGUUUUCAUUAUAGGCAGAGCUAAGCCUACUAAAAUAGGCUACUGAAAUAUAAACUGGGAAAUUAAAUAGGGUUUGUGGUAAGCAAUGAAGCUUGACUCUGAAAUCCCAACUUCUGAGGCACGUAAUUGAAAUGCCUUCCAAGGAACAACAUGGUGGCAAAUCACUCAGAGGGCUAUGAUGGCUUCCCGAUAUUUACUUCAGUAAACUUAAGGACUUUCGUAAAAUACUGGCAAUGGCAGGGACCAGAGGCUACCUCUAGCUAAAGCCAGUUGCACAAACGGAACAUGACCUACAUUUAACAUCAUCAAGACAUGUGAUUCAAUAAAUGUGGUUGUUGUGGCUUUACUCAAUCUAACUAUUCAGAACUUUUUUCUCCUAGAAAACUAUUUUCUGUCUGCAAUUUAUGCUUGUUUCCACUUUUUAUAUUGUCUUGUUGAAGAAAGCACAAAAUAAAGCUAAGCUUGUUUUGAGAAUACGACAGACAUUUUAAUGCCACAUUGAUGUUCUUGCUACUUGUAAGAGUAACUGCAUCUGGCUGUGUUUUAUUAUGUAAUCCCAUUGUGUGUCUUUGGAUGCAGUGAAGUUCAUAUUGCAACAAAAAUCACUUAUAUAUGCUUUUCAGCUCAAGCAUUCUAGGUGAAUUUUUCUCAGCUUCCAUGGUUUACAUAUUUGCAUAUGACUACCUGGAUGGAUCGAUUUAUGGAUGGACUUUUAAAUAAGCUCAGAUGCUGAAACCCCCUCUUUCAAGGGAUGGAGAAUGUGAGGCAGGUAGACAUGAACCAUUCCCACAAUUAUUUGUAGCUCCUGAAGCCAAUUUCAGCCUGAGAGCCAUUGGGCUGUAUUUGGCUGUCCAUUACAAGUUGGCCAGAUUUAUUGCCAUCAGGUUAGGCAAAACUGCCUUUUAUGAUGUGGUCUGCCAGCUUCAGAAAUAUGCUGUGUUAUUGUUAUUGGCUAGAAUAUUUAUUAGACUAUUGUUGGACUAUUUUUUAUCAAAUGCUUUACCCCAGGCUUGUUUGUACUGGGAGCUCUGGACUAAAGUGUCUCUCCUAGUAACAAAAUAUGAGCAUCUGUGGAUUACACAGUCUCACCCCUCUCUAAAGAUCCCAACCCAUCAAAAAUGCUAUAUUAUGAAUUAAAUAAAUAUAUAUGUAUUCAUGA